UCUCACGCACACAGUUUCUAGAGAGAGUCUUUAGUCUUAAGGGCAUUUCUUCUCAUUUCGACGUAGACCAUAAUCAAAGACACGACGCCGUUGCGAAAAGGAACUUGUCCCGAAUUAGUACGUCCCUCUUCUUUUUGUUGAAAUAAUCUUCUCCAUUCUCUCGUCUCUUGAAGAUCACCGCGCGAAAAAAGAGAGAGAAAGAGAUGCAUCUAUGGCCCUCAGCGACGAUCCGAGACUCCUUCAAGCUUGCUUACCUGAGAAAGCUCGAAUGGAAUCUCCAGAGAAUGAAAAGCGAAAAAGAAUCUUCAGCUUCCGUCAAUAAGAAGCUGUUAGAUAGCCAAGAAGGCGGAGUCCAACAGUCGAAUAGCCAAGAAGGUGAAGUCAAUGGAAAAGUGGCCGAAGUGCCCAAUCCGAAGGCUCAUGGAGUGGUCCUUGGACUUUGCAGAGAGAUCCUGAUGCUUCUCUCCUGUUGCUUCUGUUGCUUCUGCUGUGGAGCUUGUGCAGGGGAAGAUGCUGAUCCUGUCUUCUGAUGACAAGAAUUUAGGAAUUCAAUUUCAAGGACAAUAUAUGUACAGUCAACAUUAAUAGAAUGUCAAUCUUCAUUGUUCAGACAAAGAUGAUUCAAGGAAAAUUUUAGUUCUUGUUUCGAGUAUUGUGUAGUAUGUCUGGACUUGUAUAUUGAUGUGUGGAUGCCUAAUUACCCUGCUCCUCACUCACUAUAUGCUGUAUUGCUAUGAAUAAAGUUAGAUUGAGCUUUUUCUUGCAAUUUUGAC